UUCACUCUUUUGUCAGACACGACUAAUGGCCAGCACGGGCCACCACAAUACGCGGCAACCCCGGCAACUUGCUAGCUACACGGGUUGUUAACCUAGCUGCCCAAAAUACCUACCUAAGGUCCGUUGCUUUGUAUGGAAGCGGUUAGCAUCUCUAACGGGGUUUAUGUUACGUCGCGCCGGAGAUAAUGAGGAACUUUACUGUGUUGUUACUGCUGCUGCUGAACAUAAAUCACGUCCUAUCAGCACCCAAAGGCGUCACUGCCAGUUUAAAAGCAAAGUGGAGCAUGACGCCUUUCCUCCUGGAGACAAGUGAGUUCAUUGGAGAAGAUGGGAAUGAGAAAUUCUGGCAGUUUGUUGACACUGUCAAAGAGCUCACUGUAUACAAACAUGGAGAGUCUGUGCGCUCGUACUACAACUUGAUCCUUAAGAAGGCUGCCCAGUUCCUCACAGAUCUUCAAGUUAAUCUCCUCAAAUUUGCUCUGGCCCUACGGUCAUACUCACCAGCUGUUCAUGCAUCCCAGCAGAUAGCAAGUGAUGAGCCUCCGCCUGAGGCUUGCCCAGCCUUUGUCUCCAUCCAUGGUCAACAUAGCUGCAGUACCAAGGAAAUCAAGAAGCUCCUGAAGGCAGCUGCAGGCAGGCCUAAGCCCUAUUUAUACAAGAAUGACCACAUGUACCCAGGAGUCAAUAAAACAGAUGUGCCAGUUGUGAUCCUCUAUGCUGAGAUUGGAACCAAGAAGUUCACCACUUUUCAUAAGGUGCUGUCAGAGAAGGCUCAAGAGGGCACACUUGUAUAUGUGCUGCGGCAUUUUGUAGCGGAUCCAAAGCCUCAAAAAAUGCUUCUGUCUGGGUAUGGAGUGGAGUUGGCUAUCAAAAGCACAGAAUACAAAGCUGUAGAUGACACCAAAGUAAAAGAUUCAAAGACAGUUGUGAAUGCUGAGGAUGAUAAUAACGAUGAAGUCCAUGGAUUCAUUUUUGGAACAUUAAAGAAAUCUCAUCCUGAAUUGAAGGAGCAACUCACCGAGCUUCGUAGACAUCUCCUGGAUAGCACUAAUGACAUGGUCCCUCUCAAAGUGUGGGAAAUGCAAGAUCUUAGUUUCCAGGCAGCUGCCAGAAUCACUUCUGUGCCAAAGUUUGAUGCUUUGAAGCUCAUGCGAGACCUUAGUCAGAACUUUCCGAGUAAAGCCAGAUCACUGACAAGAGUGGCCGUAAAGCAGGAAAUGAGAAAAGAAAUUGAGGAGAACCAAAAGCAUCUCAGUGAGACCAUUGGUGUUCACCCGGGAGAUGGGGAGCUCUUCAUCAACGGACUGCACAUUGAUCUGGACAUUCACAACCCUUUCAGCAUUUUGGACAUCCUCAGAGGAGAGGCCAGGGUCUUGGAGGGACUUCAUAACCUGGGUAUAAAAGGAGAACAUCAGGGCAAAGUGCUGAGGUUGCCUGUGAAUGCUGUGGAUGACAGCUAUGCCUUAGACAUCAGACAUCCGGCUAUAAUGUGGUUGAAUGACAUUGAGAAUGACCCAGUGUACCGCAGCUGGCCAUCCGGUGUACAGGAGCUCCUCAGAGCCACCUUUCCUGGAGUCAUCCGACAGAUCCGACGCAAUUUUUUCAACCUGGUGCUGUUCCUAGAUCCAGUGCAAGAAGAAAGUGUUGAGUUGGUGAAACUAGCAGAGCUUUUCUACAAGCACAAGAUCCCCCUGAGAAUUGGAUUUGUGUUUGUUGUCAACACCGAAGAGGAGACUGAUGGCUUCUCAGACGCAGGGGUUGGAUUUUACAGACUGCUGAAUUACAUUGCAGAAGAGUACGAUAUAUCCCAGGCUCUGAUAUCCAUGCUCUCAUUGUACAACAAAGUAGAUGUCGGGGAGACACUGACUGUUGAUACAAUCUCUGCUUACCUGAAGAGAAAAUUCCCCAAAGCCAAUGCUGAAAGGAUUCUCGGUGCAGAAUCCGAGUAUGAUGACAAAAGGCAGGAUGGUGCCCUCUUCUACAAAAAGAGUGGCUUGGGUGCCCUUCCUCUGGCUCUGUUUAAUGGAGUCCCUCUGAACCCAGAUGAGAUGGACCCAGACGAGCUAGAAACCAUCAUCCUGCAGCGCAUAAUGGACACCACCAACACCUUCCAGAGAGCCGUCUUUAUGGGUCAGUUGACUGAGGGCUCGGAUGUGGUGGACUAUCUAAUGGAGCAGGCCAAUGUGGUUCCCAGGAUGAACCCUCUCAUUUUGAACACUGACCGAAAGUACCUCGACUUCACUGCUAAGCCAGUUGUCGAUGAUUGGGAGGACACAACUAUGUUUUCAUUCUUGGACUCGAGAGACAAAACAGCAGUGAUGUCUAAGAGAAUGAAGUACUUUACAAACAGUGAUGAAGAUGGGAUGAGUACUGUGACCAUGUGGAUAGCUGCAGAUUUUGAGAAUAUCUCUGGAAGAAAACUUUUGCUCAGUGCUCUGAAAUAUAUGAAGGCCAGCCCUGGAGUACGUGUGGGUGUGAUAGAUAACCCCACUGGAAAGCCCAGCGACGAUAACUCUGUGCUGUACAGGGCUAUCUGGGCCUCUCUCCUCACCCAGAAGAAUAAGGCUGCAGCAGAGUUUGUGCAAAAACUCCUGAAAGAGGAGAGCAGCCAGCUCCUCCAGCAGGGGACCAAGAUGAAGGACUUACUGAUUCAGGGAAUGGACGAGGAUGCCUUUGAGAAAAAGUUCAACACAAUGGAAGUGGAUUUUAUCCGUAGUCAGCGGCUGUUUUGUCGAGACGUCCUGAAACUGAGUCCUGGACAGCGAGCAGUGAUCAGCAAUGGGAGGAUACUUGGUCCGUUUGAAGAACAGGAUGAAUUCACUGUGGAGGAUUUCCAUUUGCUGGAGAAGAUUACACUGAGCGGUUCUGCAGAGAAAGUCAAAGCCAAAGUUAAACAGAUGGGGAUAAAGCCAAAGCACGGCAGUGAUUUAGUUAUGAAAGUUGACGCCCUCUUAACUGCAGCACCCAAAGGCGAAGUCAGGAGGGAUGUCCACUUUAUCAAAGACAGCCACAGCGUGCUCCAUCUCUCUCCACGUGAAAACGAGGUGUUCUAUGAUGUUGUGGCCAUCAUUGACCCCCUCACUAGGGAGGCACAGAAGAUGUCCACUCUGCUGAUUGUGCUCAGUCAAGUGGUCAAUGUGAGACUCCAGGUGUUUAUGAAUUGCAGGGCCAAGUUGUCCGAGAUGCCCCUCAAGAGCUUUUACCGUUUUGUCUUGGAGUCAGAUGUGACCUUCUUGGCCAACGACACAGUGGCUCCAGGACCAGUUGCCCGCUUCACAGAGCUCCCUGAGUCUCCUCUUCUCACCCUUAAUAUGAUCACACCAGAGAGCUGGAUGGUGCAGGCUGUCCGCAGCCCCCAUGACUUGGAUAACAUCCAUUUGCAGGAGGUGAGCGGGGUUGUGACAGCAGAGUAUGAGCUGGAGCACCUCUUGCUGGAGGGCCACUGCUUCGACCUGUCGACUGGCCAACCUCCCCGCGGACUGCAGUUUACCCUGGGCAUGAGUCGAGACCCGCUCAUGUAUGACACUAUUGUCAUGGCUAACCUGGGAUAUUUCCAGCUUAAAGCCAAUCCUGGUGCCUGGAUCCUGCGAUUACGUAAAGGGAGAUCAGAGGAUAUCUAUCAGAUUCUCACGCAUGAUGGAGCCGACUCCCCUGCAGAUGCUGAUGAUGUAAUAGUUGUGCUGAACAGUUUCCAUAGUAAGAUCAUCAAAGUCAGGGUGCAGAAAAAGGCAGAGAAGAUCAAUGAAGAUCUGUUAAGUGAAAAUAGUGAAAGCAAAGGCAUAUGGGACUCCAUAGCAAGCAUCACAGGUGGUGGCUCCAAGAAGGGUGAUGCAGAGAAGAAAGAGGAUGUUCUAAACAUAUUUUCUGUAGCAUCGGGCCAUCUGUAUGAGCGCUUUUUGAGAAUAAUGAUGUUGUCCGUCCUUCGGCAUACCAAAACACCUGUCAAGUUCUGGUUCCUCAAGAAUUAUCUCUCCCCCUCUUUCAAGGAGACCAUCUCUUACAUGGCAGAGUCGUAUGGCUUUCAGUAUGAACUGGUACAGUACAAGUGGCCCCGUUGGCUCCACCAGCAGACUGAAAAGCAGCGCAUAAUCUGGGGAUAUAAGAUCCUCUUCCUGGAUGUUCUGUUCCCUUUGGCUGUGGACAAGAUCAUCUUUGUGGAUGCUGACCAGAUAGUUCGGGCUGAUCUGAAGGAGCUGAGGGAUUUAGACCUUGAGGGUGCUCCUUACGGCUACACUCCAUUUUGUGAUAGCCGCAGAGAGAUGGAAGGCUAUCGUUUCUGGAAAACCGGCUAUUGGGCCUCACAUCUAGGACACAGGAAAUACCACAUCAGCGCUCUCUAUGUAGUAGAUUUAAAGAAAUUUCGGAAGAUUGCAGCCGGGGACAGAUUACGAGGUCAAUACCAAGCCCUGAGCCAAGACCCCAACAGUCUGUCCAACCUGGACCAGGACCUCCCUAACAACAUGAUUCACCAGGUGGCCAUUAAGUCUCUUCCCCAGGAGUGGCUGUGGUGUGAGACGUGGUGUGAUGACACUUCCAAAGUCACAGCUAAGACUAUAGACCUGUGCAAUAACCCAAAGACCAAGGAGCCCAAGCUAAGCGCCGCAGCGAGGAUCGUGCCUGAGUGGGUCGAAUACGACAACGAAAUAAAGCAGCUACUGAGACGGGUGCUGGAACAAGAAGACACAGAAACACAAAGACAGACUCCCUCUCCUUCACAACAUAAAAAAGUAGACAACCAGCGUGAUGAACUUUAGUGGCUGCCAGCACCAUGCUGAAGAGGAAGGAGGCAGUUCCUUCUGCAUUCAGGCCACCUGUGAAUCUUGAACACAGACAAUUCCAUCUAAACAUAGCCAUAGACUGUUACAUCCUCAGACGGAGAGGGAUGUUAUAUUUUCAGAUGCCAUAUCUGCUUCUGCAGUCAAUACGUCUUACAAAUAACACGCGAUGUGAGUGUUAGCUGCCAACUGUGAACUUGGGGUGUGCUGUCAGUACUACAGACAGGUCUCGGUUAGUAUGUGGUUAGCGGAGCAUGAAGUAAACACAUAAAGAGUAAAUGGGAAAUCAGUCAAAGCACUCUUUUAAGUGCAUGUUUGAGAAUAAGUAGAGGGAAUAUAUUUAUGCACUGAUGAUGUAUGCAAAGAAUCAAAUGGAAAAGGCACAUAUCUAAGAAUCUAAUUUGAAAGUUUAAUUAAUAAUUUUUGUACAACUCCUCAACAAGCUGAUGGAUGUGGACGUUUUUAAUCUGACUAUGCAUUGACUGACAUGCUCAAACCAAAGUCGUGACUGGCGUAGAGCUAUUCGUGCUUUCACGAUUUCACAACUUGCUGUCAAGUUGUUGCAUUUGUACGUAGCCUUCCUGCCCAGGUUUUAUUAUAUAAAAAAGGAGAUCAACAAGUUACACCAGAAAACUGGCUCUCAUUGAUCAUGAAAGUGCAUUUUAUGUGCAAUACUUUCCUCAUCGUCAUCAAUCAAGUAGCUAAUUUCUGUUGGAAAAAAAUACAAAAUACAUGCAGACCCUGUUAGUUAUUACUGGUGGAACAUAUUCACUAAGGAGCUCAUCACUUCUCCACUAUCCUGUAAAGUUGUUGCAAAAUUAUAACUUAAGUAAAAUUCAUACAAAUUUAGGAUAUUACAUUACAAAUACCAUCAGUCCUGCACACGUUUACUUCAGUCCAGAAACUUCAAACACACUCUUUAUCGUAUGUUGCAGUCAAGUCGAACUGUGACCAGGACACAGAGAGCUAUGCUUCUCUCAGCUGCUGUUCCAGACACACCUGGUUUAUGUUUCUGGUUUUGUGGCUCAAAUUCAUGUGGCCUAAUUGGUUUCAAUAUGAUGGACAGUCAGACACCUGAUCUCAGGCAACAUCGUCGUCCGAUAGAAGUUAUAUUUAUGUUUAGGCUAUUUGUUGUUUGUGGUUCUUGGUGGCUGUGAGAACCGGUUUGUCAUUAAUGAUGUUUGUUUUGAGAUCCUUCUAGAAGGAUGCAUUUUUCAUUUUCACGGAAAGGGAUGACAAAAACAAGGCUGGGGAGGGUCUUGCUUUUUUUUUGUUUUGUUUUGUUAAAUAAACAUUGAACCUAAGAUUGAGGCCCAAUGUCCCCCCAGUGUCCCUCCAACUUUUGUUCUGUCACUUAGAACAACUAGACACUUUACUGCUAGCCAACCCCCCCCCCCCCCAAACAGCAAUUUUGAUAAAAGACACGGAAGGAAAGUUUGGAUUUCCCAAGUGGUGUGCCCUUCAUCCAUGGGUGUGCUUGGGGUCAUAAUAAGAACAGUACUUGUCAAGAGGAGAGUUGUGUCUCUUCGAAAAAAUAAGAGCAAAAGUGUAAGGAAUGGAUUAAAAUUAAAGUUAAAUGGAAUCAAAGAUAACUUAAAACUUAAAAGGAUUAAACUUAAAUUUAUCUGCUCUAUUAUAAGCUGCAAGUGUGCCCCCACCAGGCUAGCUAGCUUCUUAACAUACUGCAAAAAAAAAAAAAAAAACUGCAUACAGCGUUAUUUCCAAAGGCAAGAGGCAUAUUACUUAACUCCUUGAUUGUGAGGGGUCGACUUGUACUUACCAUUGACAUAUCUUAAUAUCCAGUCAUUGGUAUUUGCUGCUACUUACAUACUUCCCUUGCAUGAUAAACAUUCUUAUUUUAACCCAAACCAUUAUCUUUGCGGAACAAACUUGCAACCAUUUCAUGUCAAAUAAGUCAUGGACUGUAAUACAUAAGCGUACAAACAGCACACCAAUGGCUGAGUUUCAUUCUUAACUUGUUCUCAGUAUUGUGUUGUCAGCAACAGGCAUACUGGCAGAGCCUUUGAGACGACCUUUAUAAUGAAAGUGCAACAGCUCUAUAUUGCAGGAAAGGGCACUUUCACGCAUUAAUGCAAAUUUUCUGGCCAUACAUCCUCAUUCCCGUCAUUAAUUAUACACCCCUACUAUUAACUGUAACUAAAUGCUGUUGCACUACAUCAGAUCAAAAUCUGCAAGGGACAAUUAUCAUUUCUAUUUUGACAGCCAUCGAUGAGAAAUGAGAAACAUGGUUUUAAUUGACUGCUUUGUCUGCUCUCACCCCUGAGGUUCUUUAAGUUCCUUAAUUGGUGGGUCUUGUUUUUUUUUUGUUCAUCGUGCUUAGACACAUCAACAUGGAGUUAGAGAAGAAAGCAUAGGACAGAUGGACAAUCAGGCCAAAGACAAUCAAUCUCCUUGUCUUUGGAUGGUAGUGAAAAGGCCAUCUAAAAAUACCAGCCCAGAGGAACCUUUAAGUUCUCUGAAAAGUAGGUCCUGGAACCAACAGUUCCAAGUACUGGAGAGCUUGACAGGCAUAGCAACAGUUACUGAAAGAUAUAGGUUUGCGACCGGUCUGUCUGCAAAGUCAUGGGAGCUCCAUAAUGACUUUGGUUCAGCAGACCAGGCUAGACUUUAUAAGUUAUGGAUCAGAUAGUCCUCAUUUGCACACUAAAUGUUGUAGUCUUUGGAUAGAAAAUAGGAUUUUAACUUAUUUUUCCAUUAUGUUUACAUCUCACACACACACACACACACACACACAUCCACCUUCCUUGUAUUCAAGUUUCAGAAGGAAAUUAUCUGAAUUCCACAGUGGACCAGUGUUUUUGUCUCAGGAAUAAGAUGGGUGUUCAACUGAAGUCAAAAGUAGUGUUUUUAUGUCUUAAAAGCUAUUAAAAGUGGGUGCAGGAAGUUUGCUCUCAGGACACCUAUCUUUCACUGUGCUGUGUCAAAGAGACAUGUUUAUAUUACUAUAUGGUGGGAAAAAAAUAAAUCUUUGCAACAAAA